ACUUGGUGCGGGGCAGGGACCCGCGGGCACCGCAGCCUGUGCCUGAACCCGAGCCUGUGAGACUCCCCCGCGUCCCCCGAAAAGCCGCCGCCGGUGGAACCCGAGCAGGUACCGGCCAAGAGAGCCCGGCCCCGAGUGACCGCCCCGCCCGCGCCGCCAUGUUCAACGGCCCCGCCGCCCUCGGCCAGGGACCAAUUGUUGGAAUUGCAGUACUACAUAAACACCAACUAUUAUUCACUUGCAUGUAAACAUUCUAGUGUGAAAUAUACAUAAGAAGCUGUUAUAGAAUGGAGGCGUUUUUGCAGAGUCCUAAGUGGCUUGUGUGAAUGGAUGUGAUAGGGGGCAUUUUGGACUGCUGCAACUUUAUUUUCAAUGUAGGAAACACUGUGAAACUAAAGAUCAAAGUCACUGCACAAGUGAAGACAUCACAAGCAUAGUUUGUAAGUGUCUUUACUGGUUGAGAAGCUAAAAUUAUUUUCUGCCUGUGAAACGUGGAAAAAUGUUCAAAAAUCAUUAUCAGGGUGGCCGGUUUGUUGAAAUAUUCAGUGCUCAAGGCAAAAACCCAGGAGCAAAAUGGAAGAUUUUUGGCAAUCCAUCAGCUAUAUGGAAAGAAUAUGACAAAGAACUAAAAGGCUUUGUUUUUGUACUUGAAGGAAGCAGUCAGGUCAACAAAAUGCAGCUACCAAAGGAAACUAGACAAACUUUAGGACUGAUCCAGCAAUUUCUGACCCUUCAGAUUUUUGUACCAUUGGGAAAAGACUUUUCCACUGAGUUGCUGAUAACCGAUUUAGGCAAUAUUAAAAGAAGAUUGUAUUUGUCAACAGUCCACAAGGAGUUGUCUGUAACCCCUCUGCAUGCAAAAAUUCCUCUGUUUAUGAUCAAGCGCAAAAUAUGGUGCAAUAUGUGUAUUGACUUGGCAGCAUUCACCAGUGAAAUAUUCAGAGGAGCUGUCUUCCAGUCUUUGGAUGGAAUUAUUAUUUCAGCUAACUGUAAGCUACGAAAGAUCUUCACUUUAAAAUCCAAGCCAGAAGAUACAGCUGAGGAAAAUGUUAAGCGUGUUGUUCCAUCUGUGCCACGUGAUCCCACAGAUGUUAUUCCUCGAACCUGUCAGCUAAAUAGAGAUGUGCCACAAGUUACUCAAGUGCUGAACCUAACAAAAAUUCAGAAGCCAGAAGUAAAAUGUAGGGAAUAUCCGGUGCAAGAAACAGGUAGCUUGGUUAAUAGAGGACAAGGCAACAUACGCAGCAGUAAAACUCAGGAUGUAUCACAUAUUGCAUUUGGAUCAAAAAUCCUUGGGCCACCUCCAUCUUCAAACAGGAGAGUCAGUACAAAGGUACCUGGAGAGAAAAUAGUGUCUUUCAAGAUAACAAAGACCUCGGAUAGCAAAAGUAAUAGAUCAUGCCGACUUCAAAAUUCAGGAAUGCCAGCUGAAUCCAUACAAGACAUUGAGAGAUUGGAGCUGUCAUUCUCAUCAUGCAAUGAUUAUUUAGAUCAAGGAGGCAAAAGAAAUACUCACCAAACAACUGAAGAUGCAUGUCAAAAUGACCCUGAAAUUCAGACUGAGAAAACAUCUGUGAGUGGAGAAGCAGAUUUUCAGCUCACCUCACCACAAGUACCAUCAGCAGACAAGAACAGUCAUAAAAGAUUAUCUCUAAAAAAUGCAGCCAAAACCACAUGGGAGAUAACCAGUGAUGAAUGGGAGUUUCCAGGAAGUUUCACUGAGAGUAUUCGGUUGGAUAGGAGUGAGCAGUUCAUAGCUACUGAAGAUUCAGCCUGCCAUAAUUUAAACUCACCCCAGAAUGCCUCUGUUGAACAUCACAGCAGUGAAACAGGUGAUCAGCAAGUGAAUAAUAAAGAGAUUUUCACAUUUUCAUCAAGACCUCGAUCAGCUCCUCACGGGAAGUCUCCAAAUAUGUCACCAGAACGUUAUGUUUUCCCUUUGGAUUUGGAGCCAGACAGUAACAGAGUACAUGAGAAAACACCAGAUAACUUCCAAGGAACUGACAGCAGUGAAGAGGAUGACAGCAAUGGACUCAUCCAGGGUACUGGGAACCUUGAGAUCAGCCACUGUAGACAAGGAACAUCUGAUUCAGCAGUUUUUAAAGAGAUCUCAUUAAAAAAGAUGUUGUGGAAAACUGGAUACUGGAAGAAUAAGGAACACAGCAAACAUAACCUCGAUGAGACCAUCUUACCAAACCCACAGAGUUCCACUGUGAGAAAAACAGAUUCUAUUAGCUCUCAGAGAAGCUUGAAGCCUAUCCUUUCUCUUUCUCCAACUCAAAGUAAAUCUAAAUUCUUUAAAGCAAUUAGAAAUGGAUCUGAAAAAACUGAAAGAUAUGAAGGAGUUUCUGAUCAAUUAGAAAGAUCCAUCAGUAAAAUGUCUCUCAAGAAAAUCUCAAAAGAAAAUUCAUGUCUGACAGCACAGACUUGUGAGUAUGACUGGAGAAACAACAACUCAAAUAUGCUGAGUUCAUCUGAACUGCAGAUGCUGGCCAGCAUGAGGAGACAACAAAAUGAAGAAUUACGGGAUACUGGGAUCUCACAUGGGCUGAGCACAUCACAGAUAGAUACCUGCAAUGUUAACAUAAGUACAAGUAGCGAUGAUAAUACAGCAUCCUGGAACUCCUUACUUCCACCACCUGUCAGUCAGGAGCAUCACUAUCAGAGAGAAAUGAGCCCACUUUCUCAUUCCAACCCACGGGACUGGUCGAAUGUGUUCAGUCCCCCCAUCAUUCCUGGAAGCCAACAACUGGAAGAGCACACUAAAUCUUCAAUAAAACAGAAUAUUCAAGGUGAAGAUGACUUCAGUGCUGAAGAAGACGAGGAAGGUUUGACUCUUCUGUAUGAUCCAUGCCUGUACCGUUACUUUGAUCCAAAUUCUGGGAAGUACUAUGAAUUGGCAUAGUCAGAACAUGAGAGGAUCUCAUUUUAUAUUCAGAGUAUCUUUUAACUUCUUGCAAAACAUGACUGAGUAUAAUUUAUUACCUAACUUAAAACUUAAAUUAAACAAUAGUUUUGCAACCAAAUUGAUAUAUUUUGUAAACAGUGUCUUAUUUUUAUAGUUUUGUAUGAAGUUGUAAUGCAGUGGAAAAUUACAUAACAUAAAUGUUCUUUGUGUCUAGGACAGUUAAUUGUUAGUCUAAUUUAUUUCCAAUAUUCACAGCUUCCAUAUGAAAACAAAUGAAUCUGAAUCAAGAAGGUUAGUGGUAUUUGUAAAUUAUGGUUUUACUCAAAUAAAAAAAAAA